GCAAAAAUGGGCGACACCUUCGACAAGACCCGAACACAUCCGCUGGUGAUCUUCGCCGAGAUUGAGGGCCAAUACGAGUUCACACCCGACGGGUCGUCAGCGACGGUAAUCGACUGUCGCUUUUACGUCGACCCAUCGCUGGACACCAGCGCCGACAAAGUGGGUCUCUAUCGCAUGGGUUGGACCGAUCGCGAGCACUAUCUGGCCGUCAAAGACGUGGCCGACCUGUCGUCGACUGUGGACUCGUUUGACGAACGGUCAGUACUGUUCCCGAUGUCUGAGCUGUUGAUCCCAUUAUCGGUGGCCACACAAUCGCCGCCACCGACUGUCCCGACACUGUCCUCGUCGUCGCUACAGACGGCGGGCGCUGUUGUCGACCAAUACUAUCAGUUCUGUUACUUUCAUCCGUUCGGCGCCUAUACUCGGUAUCAACUGUGCGGCCGUUCGCAGCCCUUCCGUAUCGUCGGUCUGUCGUCGACCAUCAGUGCUGGCGAUUGGCCACAAAAUCGUAUCGAUUGGUCGCCGACAAAUACUGGCGAUCGGCCACAGCUAACCUCAACACCACGAGCGCCGACCACUGCCUUACGCCGGCUAUACCCCCAACUGUCACCACUUGUCAGCCCCGCCGCAGCCCAUCGCCAGACUAUACCCAAGCGAGUUGUCUCGGCUGGAGGUUUGGGACAAUUGGCGCCGACCAUCGAUGGCAGGGAUGACAAGGAAAACAGGCAUCUCGUGGUCGACGACAUCGCCGACACUACAGGCGCUAAACUACUGGAGUAUACGCUGGAGGCCAGGGAUCGGCAGCUCCGGGAACGGGACCAGCGGUACGAACAACAGGCGGCUGCGGCGCGGCUGGAGAUCCAGCGGUUGACCCAUCGGUCGGUGGCCGCCGAACAGCGGAUCCAAUCGCUUGAAUGCGAGCUUCAGUUGCGAUACAAAAGCGACGGCAAUGUCGAGGAAAUGCAACACAAUUUGUUGCAAACCAUACAAGAGCUCAACGACCAGAAAUCGGACGCCGAGGAGGAGCUGUUGGCCAGGGAUGCGAUGGUUAGACAACUGUCCCAAAAGUGUUCAUCACAUGAAGAGCUGAUCCGCGAACUGAGACAAAAGUUGGCCGUUUAUGAGCGACAGGAGACAAUCCAAGAGCUAAUCGAUGUCCAGCACUACGACAACUAUCAGCACCACAACAAUAGCUAUACCAUUGGCAACGCCACUAUUCUUCGGGAACCGUACGGCACGGAUGGCCACGAGUUGUCUCUAUUGAGAGACAAACUGCAAGACAUGCAUCAGAACUAUACGAUCGCCAAAUCGGUUAACGAGAGUUUGCGGCGAAAACUACAGGCGCUGGACAGCCGUCGCCGGCGAUCGGAACUGGAGUUGGAAGUCAUGAAACAACGGACCGCCACUUCGGACACAGACCUGCCGGCGAUGACAGCGGACAAGUCGUUGGCAGAGAUGGUGCGACACUACUUGGCCCGAGACUACGAGCACAGUCUGUGCGACAGCGGCUGUGGCAGCGGCAGCACAGGUGGCGCCACAAUUGGUCGCCAACAGUCGGCCCCAAACAUACCGACACAUACCGCGAGAGCUGUGGUUACCGGAGAUUCGGUGACCGUUUUGGUCAACGAAAUGACCGAAAAGCUGAAGGACUUUGCCGUUAGUCAGGCGACGGAAGCGCUGACCAAAUACGGCGAUCACAAGUCGGUGGCGGACGCUGUGGUGGCGGCUCUGGAGCACCGGUUGGGCACGAGUUGGUACUGUUUCGCCGGCGCCGCCCAUGCCUUCGAUCACAACUCACUGAUCCAUGUCUUCGGCACUUAUAUAUCGUUCGCUGUAAACGACGUGAAGUUUGUUGUCUUCAAGACUAAUGAUAUGGUGGACACAUUUUCAACGCCAAUAUCAUCGCCAGAGUCGGGAAAAGUGGACAUUAUUUACAAAAACCACUUCACAUGCGAUACGGACUUUGAGGAAGUGGUGGCCGACGCGGCGGCCGAAGCCGUCGGCCAACACUACGGCUCCUAUCGUGAACUGACCGCUCGUAUGACACAAUUACUGUCGCAAAAGUGCGGCCAAACGUGUGGCCAGAAUUGGCUGGUCGUCGUCGGUAGUGAUGGCGGCCCCGGUCUGGAGGCCAGGGAUCAGGCGUUUGACACUCAUCUCCUGUUUCGACACAAAAACUACAAUUACAUUGAAUUACGUGUGAAUGCGUUAAAAGUAAUUGUCAUUCAAUUUAAGGCUAAACUUUAA